GUGAGGGCUGCGGCCAACGGCGAACAGCCAACGCAACUACGACUGAAUACUUUCACUGUCUAAUAACAACCAUUCCUUUAUAUUAUUUUAGCUUCCACCACGUCUUCUUCACAUAUAUUGUACUUUGCGGCCUUUGCGCUACCAAGUACGACCAGUCUUGCCUCGAUCCGGUCUUCGCCACUCCAUUUCCCUCAAUCGUUACUCAUCCUGCUGGUCGUCCAUCUUGUGCCCUUUGCCUCUGCUAUUUCACUGCGCUCUUCGAUCACAGGCUUUGCCAGACACUCACAGCGAUCGCCUAACACGAUUUUUGAGACCCCGAGCCAUUAACGAGACCUCUGCCUCUACCAUACAAACCGCCAAGAUGAUGAAAAUAUGGUCAAUGAAGCAGCAGCAGCAGAAGGAUGAGCAAGCGCAAGGAACAACACAGAAGAAGAAGAAAGUCACGGCAGCGCAAUUGCGUGUACAAAAAGAUCUGAGUGAGGUUUCUCUCGGAUCAACCAUGAAGACUACAUUUCCAAACCCUGACGAUAUCCUCAACUUUCAACUUACUAUCGAACCGGAUGAAGGCAUGUACAAGGGUGGCAGCUUCGUAUUUAAUUUCGCCAUCAACCAGAAUUACCCUCACGACCCACCUAAGGUCAAAUGCAUUCAGAAGAUCUACCAUCCAAACAUCGACCUAGAAGGAAACGUGUGCUUAAACAUUCUGCGAGAAGACUGGAAGCCUGUGUUGAACUUGAACGCUGUCAUCGUCGGCAUGCAGUUUCUCUUCUUAGAACCCAAUGCUUCCGAUCCAUUGAACAAAGAAGCGGCCGAGGACCUGAGAAAUAACCGAGAAGGAUUUAGAAGAAAUGCACGAACAGCAAUGGGUGGUGGUUCGGUUAGAGGCCAAACCUACGACCGCGUGUUGCGGUGAUACCUCCAAAGAUCUUAGACACGAUAGAUACGACGAAUGACACAACUUCAUACUGAUCAGGACUUGCAAGAGUCUCCGUCAAGGUGUUUGGAGGUCGCCUUGCAUACUUAGAGAAGAGGCAUCCCGGGAGAUGGCGAGGGUGAUGUACAGAAAAGCUGUAUACCGAUACAAGAAAUGAAAAUUCCAGAUAUUGGCAGCAACCCAAGGGCAAGCCUGAACAGCCGUGACAAUGCCUGCAAGACUGCUCUUAAAUAUCCGUACUGCGAAUAGAUACCAAUAAGGCGGUGAUAUUCCUAUGCCUUGGUCCAGACUGCGACUCGGGGAGACUAGAAAUUGUCCGAAACCUCUAUCCGUUCUCGGAGCCAAGCCCAAGGUUGGGGGGCCAAUGAGGAGAGACACCGG